UCAACAUUAUCAUUAUUACUUGCACAUAUUGGUUUAUCGGAUCGUUUAAUGAAUAAAAUAGUUUUAGAAUUUGCUGCAUUAACACAACAAUUAUAUCCUCAAAUACUUGCAUAUACAGUUUUUGCUUUUUUCUUGUGCUUUAAUUAA